GACUCAAUACAGACUAUGGAUGGGAAAAAGUUGAAUUUAUGCUACACCUCCCCCUGCGAGUAUAAUUUUAACCACGUGACCUGCGAAGCUAUGGGAACAUAUUACUGCGGCUCAAGACCAGGAGAUGUAAUAGUUUUUAAUUGUCCACCUCAACUUAUGAAAUCUGAUCAAACAGUGAGAGUUGAACUGGGAGACUCAGUCAAUGUGAGUGUUGAUGUCCUACUCGCACUGAACCAUCAACUAACUGUACUCUAUCAAAAACAGAAUGUCAUCAACAAAUGUGGGACCAAGUUGUGCAUUCAGACAUCCGAAACAAGGAACAAAUGGCGCCAACAAAUCAAGAUUGUGAUCAACAACAUCACAACGCAAGACAUGGGCAACCAGACCUUCACUAUGUGUUCCAAUUUUAAAGCAGACAGUUUCUGUACUAACAUGACCAUUACAAUACUUCCUUUACACGAACCAGAUCUUUGUGCUGAAAAUGUAAAAGUCAACGACUAUGGACCUGAUCAAAAGUCUGUUUCCUGGUCACACUCUUCUGCGUGGGAGUCUUACAUCGUGUUCUAUGCCAACUCAAAAGGACAAUGGAUGUCGUAUGUGCCAGCUAAUAUCACAAAACUUGCUAAUGGUACAUUCUAUAGUACUUCACUACCAACAAAUAUUGCUUCGUCCAGCACUGCUAUUAAGGUAGCAGCGAACCUGAUCUCCGACCACGAAUUCUGUGACAAGGUCAUCCCCAACAUAAGUUCACCUGUACUAAGUCCAACGGAGGCAGUGCUAACAACAAACAUUGGGAAAUCUCUGACUGUCAGUGCCAAUGUCACUAUGUCCAAGAAAGUCUCUGCAGUGUCAGUCUAUUAUCAAACUCACAAACAGAAGACUAAAUCAUGUGGGCCCAAACUUUGUGUGAAGGAAAAAUUGAACAAGAACUGGAGACGACUGAUAACAAUUAAGAUUGCAAACAUCACAGAUCAAGACAUUGGGAAUCAAACGGUUCAGAUUUGUUCUAGAAAAGGAGCUGAAUUGUUGUGUAGUAAUUUGUCGCUGAAAGUAGUUCUGAGCGAGAACAGACUGAUAAAAGCAAAGGCCAAAGUGCCCAGCCUCAAUGUAAAUCAGACUUCCGUCACUCGCCCUUCCACUUCUUUACCAGGGUUCAAAGUUCAAAAAGUUCAUUCAAAGAAAUUAAUGAAAGAAAAGUUGAAGAAAAAAGAAACGAAGCAAAAAGAACAACGUAACAAGUUAAAGCAAAAAGAACCAAAGAAACUCAAACGAAACAAAUUUGUUAAUUAGAGUGUCUUCUUCAGGAGUUAGUUCGGUUUUUAUAAGAAGGGCAUUUCAUUUAAUACGUAGUCAUAUAUUGUUAACACAUGUUGUUAUAUAUAUUUCAGUAAUACUUAAAUAUCAUUCUAUUUAAAUAAGUAUGUUUAUGAAGUGUUAAUAGGCAGACAGACAGAGAAAGAGAGAGAGAGAGAAAAAAAAAAGGACAUAAUUAGAAAGGAGUGGCUAGAUGUUGUGAUCAAGUAACCAAGAAAAUUAGACUGCAGAGAAUUAUUUCAAGUGAUUAGUGAGAAUGACUUUUUAUUUGUAUCAUUUUAAUAGUCGAUGUGUUAUGAACAUGUUUAUCAAUGGAAUGUCUUGCAGUUGUUUAAACAAAAAUCAGUUGCUAUAAGUUGCUUAAGAAUGAGUUUCUCUAUUGAGUUACUUCAUUGCAGAGAAUAAAAUAAACACUUGUCAAUCAUUUCUA